AUGUCAGUGUGCGCAGGCUCGGCACGCUCUCGCAGCCCGGACCCUGAGAGCUUUCACAGCCUCUUGGUGGUCGCUACCCGAGAAGUCACCCGAAAGGGGAGAAGGAGCUGGCGCGAGGGAGGUGAGGUGGUGGUGCCGCUGGUAGCGGGGGGUAUGUACUGGUCACCGCGGGGCUUUGAACCCUGUGGCGUGGCUCGCUCCCAGGCCGCUUGUUUGGUGGCGGUGGGGGGGCGCUGGUUGCGGGCUCUCACGGGAAGUGUUUUUGCUCGUCUCCAACAUUAA